UUAGACGAGAGUGGGCGAGCAUGAAUUUCAGUUCGUAAAUUUAUGCAGAGAUAUCUGUAAUUUAAACGUUAUGUAAUAUGAUGGUUUGAUGAAAACAUUUCAUAAAUACAUGUGUUUCGGGAUUUUCUGUUCUGUGUCGAAAAUAUAUUACAACGAGCCAUAGAUAUAGUGAGCGAGACAACGUGCACUGACUGAGACAAAAGACGGGAAGAAUACAAGAUGAAAGUAGCUGUUUUUGUAUUUUUGGCCUUUCUAUCCUGCUGUUCUGGGACUAAAGACGAAGCUGUUUGUGAUCGAAGAUUGUACGACCCUACAGUCAAGAUUUGUUGUAACGGCGUCCUCAGUUCUAAAGGAUUCAGCACAGCAUGUUGUGGAACAAGACCGUACAAUUCUUCAUUCCAGAUAUGUUGCAACGACGUCCUUAGUUCUAAAGGAUUCAGCAGUGAAUGUUGUGGAACAAGACCGUUCAACCCUACUUUCAAGAUUUGUUGUAACGGCGUCCUAAGUUCUAAAGGAUUGAGCAGUGUAUGUUGUGGAACAAGACCGUACAACCCUUCAUCCCAGAUAUGUUGUAACGGCGUCCUAAGUUCUAGAGGAUUCGGCAGUAGCUGUUGUGGAACAAGACCGUACGACCCUUCAUUCAAGAUUUGUUGUAACGGUGCCCUUGGUUCUAAAGGAUUCAGAAGUGCAUGUUGUGGAACAAGACCGUACAACCCAACCUUUAACAAUUGUUGUAAUGGAUAUUUGUGCUAGAAGUCUUGUUAAGUUCGUUUAUGUAUUGAAACUUUCAUUCCUUUGAAAAAACAACAGCUUUUAACCUAAAAGUUCAAUAGUUGAAAAAGUUGGAACACAUGAAAAUGGACAGCUUUUUUCAAAUUAAUGUUAUGUAAUUGGUUUAAAAGUAAAUGAUCGAUAACAAU